AUGCCGGUCCUUUGCUUCGUGCUCGAUACCUCGGCCUCGAUGAACCGUAGAACUGCUCAAGGUCAACGGGUCAUCGACUUGGCAAAGACGGCCAUCGAUAAUUUUCUCAAAAAAGUCCGCGCUAAGGAACCCUCUGCGAGAACUGACCAAUACCUCCUGCUUACUACUUGCCGAGAACAAACAAUCAGGGUUGGACCGAAAGACUCACCGACAAUCUUCUGGCGCGAGCUGCACAACCUUCAAGCUGAUGAUCAGUCCGAUUUGGGCCACUCGAUCCAGACCGCCUUUGAUAUCCUCAACAUGGAAAGAUACGACCACGAGCUGGACUCGAUUGGACGCGGGCGGCAACCUUGGUCGAUUCGGCCCUCGGCCGUCAUCGUCCUCAGCGAUGGUGGAAUCUUGACAGCUAAGAGCUCGACGCGCAGCGAGCUCGAGCUUCCUGGUUCGUCAUUACCUGGCUCAGCCCUUAUAACAGAGCCGUUUAGAUGGGAUCAGCGUGUCUAUUCCCUCUGUUUGAGGUUGGACGGGCACGGCAGCGGCGACCAGGUUGAUCGCUCGGAUGAACGCGUUGCCCACGGGAUUGACCCGCUGGCUGGCUUGUGCGACGUCACUGGAGGAAAAAGCUAUCAAGUCAGCCACCCGAACGCCGUUAUGGAAACUCUUCAAGCAAUCAACGGCGAUCUUCAAACAUCCGACCGAGCCGGCAUCGUGAUGAACUUCGAAAAGAUCCACGAUCGAUCCAACAGCCGACCAGAACUCUCCAAUGGCCCAGAAUCUGGCCAGAAGUGGCACAAGACGCAGCAGAUCGUCUACGUGCGCACAAAAUACACGACUGGUAGUUUCCUUGGUUUUUGGCCUAUUCCUGAAUCCUACUUUCCUGACCCUGAUGCAGAAAAGCUUCCGCCUCGCUCCGCACAGCCCGUAAUAAAGUUCAAUACAAGAGAUGUUAAAUUCCGGUGUCUCCCGAACUUUGCAUUCGAUAAACUAGAACUCCAAAAAGGACCUCUCGUCGACGCAAUGCUCGCUCGGAAUCGACCCGAUAGCGCUUGGCAAGUUUUUGUUGAAAACUCGGGCUCCAUUCCCGGAAUGGAGCGGCCCAUCGGAUAUCUCAAGCCCAACUCUUCAAACGAAGUCGUUCACCUGUUUCUUCACCCUUAUGAUUAUGAAUCCGCCCUGACCCUUAUUGACGAGCUUUUCCAGUCGAAAAUGAAUCCAAGCCAGCUAUGGAAGAAACAAUGGGAGCAAUACUUAAAAGAAAUUCCAAGAUACUACACUCCUCACUUACGCAAAUCACUCCAAGCCGUUGGUGCGCCCCCUGGACUCAUCCCAGAAGGUUUUGAUCUCAAGCUGCCACAUCAGGUCGAUUCAAAACUGAAAAAGAUCAAAUCGCAACUGCGGAGCAAAGUCGAAGAAGUCAUCGAAAAUCUACGUCAGUACCGAGAACGAAUCGCAGUCAACAGUGGCAAAAUGAUUCCAUUGAAAGAACUCAACUUCGGUCUUGAGAAAGAAAAUCCAGAAUUCGCGAACUUCUGCCUUGUCGAAAAGGCAAAAACGGGUCCUAAGCAACCGCUUCUGGAACCGUUCGACGUAGAUAAGAACGACAUCUUCAAUCAAUUAGAACGAAUGCGCGCAGCGUUCAAGCAGUGUCUGAUGGGUGGCCUUCCCCUGCAUCACGAAGCCAUUCUCCAUGAAAUUCCACAAGCCAAUAUGGGCAACUUCCAGGAAUACGAGAAAAAACGCACGAAGCACACUCUGCGUGAUCCAUUUGAGGAAGAUUCCGCUUCCAAAAAGCUUCAUGGAUUCGGAAAUCCAUUCAAGCCGAAGAAUGGACUCAUUGACGUUGACGGUCUCGAUUUUAACGAAGGCACUGGCUCAAUGAGAAAACGUAGCAGUAGGGGAAAGGAUGAACAUACCAAGAGAAGACGCAAACGCAACCUCUCUUUUAGAAAUCGUGGUAAGUCCUACGAUUCUGGUCUCCAUUCUGACUCCGAAAUGUCCGACUCUUCCUCUGUCAACGGCGAGCUUUCGGACGAAGAGGGUAUCCAUCCAUUGAAAAACGGGUUCCACGAAAGUAAUGGAUUCGCAAAAACGACUCAGAAGAGGAAGAACGGAAUGGUGAAUGGACAUGCAAGCGAACAUUACCCGCCCAAAAGUCCUAGACGAGCCUCAGUCGCACCAGCAGCCCUACACGAUGAAAAAGUCUAUAACUUCUGUCGCCUCCUCAUCCGACGCAUGGGAAGAGAAAACGAGGUAAAAUUUGUCGAAGAGUUGCUCAAACUCAAAGAAGUCGAUAAGCGGACCCGCCUCUUCACGGUUCGCAAGUUGCAGCGAGACGCUAUCGGCUUCUCGCGUCAUUCGAUGUUCCAAAUCCUCGAACAGUUCCUCGAUGCCACCGCCACAGAAUCAACUUAG